UGUUUGUGUAUGGGGAGUGGUGACCUGAAUCACUGCUUUUCAUACAUGGAAACAAAAUGAAGGAAGGGAAGCUGGAUGCAAAUACAACAAGUUGGCACAAGGACAGACUGAUGAGGAAAGAAAAAAAGCAGAUAAAAAGAAGAAAGAGAAUGGUGGUGCAGAGUGAGAGUUUAUCAGUCCAGGACUCAGAGACUGAAAGAAACUGGGAGCCUGAGCAGGAGCAGCCAGUCCAGUGGCAGCAGUGGGACUUGGACUCAGAGCAGGUCCCUGCUGUUUUGAGUCCCACCUACAAGCAGCGCAACGAGGACUUCAGGAAGCUUUUCAAGCAGCUGCCAGAUACUGAGCGCCUCAUUGUGGACUAUUCAUGUGCUCUGCAGCGGGACAUCCUCCUGCAGGGACGGCUCUACCUCUCAGAGAACUGGAUUUGUUUCUAUAGCAACAUCUUCCGAUGGGAAACCCUGCUAAUGGUUCGAUUAAAGGACAUCUGCUCCAUGACCAAGGAAAAGACGGCUCGCCUCAUCCCCAACGCCAUCCAGCUGUGCACUGACAAUGAGAAGCAUUUUUUCACCUCAUUUGGGGCGAGGGACCGGACAUACAUGAUGAUGUUCAGACUGUGGCAGAACGCUCUCCUAGAAAAGCCAUUGUGUCCUAAAGAGCUGUGGCACUUUGUCCAUCAGUGUUACGGUAAUGAACUUGGCCUGACCAGUGAUGAUGAGGACUACGUCCCCCCUGAUGAAGACUUUAACACCAUGGGGUACUGUGAAGAGCUGCCUGUGGAGGACAGCAACGAGCACAACAAUGACACCAGCAACACCCUCGCCAAGAACACUGAAGGCAAGCCCGACAUCAGCCCUGUGCUGCCUCACAAAGCCUUCCCCAACAUCGCUCUGCCAGAGGUGACCAGCACCGACUCUCCAGUCCCUUAUGACCUGCCCCCUGUGGAGGAUGUAUCCAGCCCAGUCCCUGACACAGACCUCCUGACCGUCCCCAUGCCUGAGAGCCACAGCAGCCACAUCCUUUCACCUUCACUGGACCUCAAUGACAACGAGGAUCUGCCCACCGAGCUCAGUGACUCAUCAGAGACACAUGACGAAGGAGAGGUGCAGGCUUUCCACCAGGACCUGAGUGGCAGGCAAUACAUUAAUGGGGUGUACAAGUUCAGUGUGGACAAGAUGUAUGACUUACUCUUCACUGAGACUGAGUUCAUGAGGGACUUUCAGGAGCAGAGGCGGUUCUCAGAUGUGGUGUAUCAACCAUGGAAGAAAGAGCAGGAUGGGAACCAGACCAGAGAGAUCAUGUACACCAUUGCUCUGAAUAAUCCUCUGGCACCCAAGUCAGCCACAGUCACUGAAACACAGACUCAGUACAAGGCCAGCCAGGAGAAUGAGUGCUACAUUAUCGAUGCAGAGGUGAUCGCUCAUGACGUUCCCUACCACGACUAUUUCUACACGCUCAACCGCUACAUGCUCACCAGAGUGGCCAAGAGCAAAUGUCGCCUGAGGGUGUCAACAGAGCUUCGCUACAGGAAGCAGCCAUGGGGGAUUGUGAAGGGCUUCAUUGAGAGGAACUUUUGGAGUGGCUUGGACGAGUACUUCAGACACUUAGAGUUGGAGCUGACUAAAUUGGAUGUGGUGCUGAUGGAGGCCCACAGACUGUCACCCAAAACCAAGGCUCUAAAGAGGAGAAAAAAGAUGCUGGUCCAUCACCUGAGGCCGACAGAGAACAUGGAUGAAGCCUUGAGCCCUGUUACCACACCUGAGGAUGAGGAGGAUAUUCAUCACAUCAAACAUGUGGCAGGUUCCACACAGACCAGACACAUCCCAGAUGCUCCAGCAGGCCUUGCACUUUACAACUUCUCCAAACUGCUGCUUCUCAUCAGCCUUGUUCUGGUUCUGCUGGUAUUUCUCAAUGUGAUGCUGUUCUACAAGCUGUGGAUGCUGGAGUACGCCACACAGAGUCUCACUGCAGCACAGACAUUACGACCACAAGAAAGCAAAAUUCCUCAGACCCAGCUGGAGUGGGUGCAGCUCCUGGACUCCCAGCAGCGUUACCAUGACGACGAGCUACAAAAGUGGAAGGAGAUAAUCAAAUCAUCAGUGCUACUGCUCGAUGAGCUAAGAGACUCCCUUCUUGACCUCCAUAAAAGCAUCGGCCUCAGGGACUACAAUUCUGAGCCAGAGGAAGAGAGAAACCAGUAUCAAUGAUUGAUAAUCUCAAGGCGUACAGACAUGAUGUGCAAUAUUCAACCUACGUUUUUUGAGCCUGUGGAAAGAAUGUGGCCUUUUUGAAGGCGGAGAGAAGAGGAUGGAGUUCAGUCAGAGAGCUUUUCUGAGAAAGCAAC